AUGCCUGAUCGACUCCCAAUGGCGCUUUGUUAUACUCAGGCGAACAACAUGAAAGGGAAGACGACGAUUCACUGCCUUUUCCCGGAGAUUUUGGCCAUUAUUUUCAGCUAUUUAGACAUCAGGGAUAAGGGAAGAGUCGCCCAGGUCUGUUCGAAAUGGAGGGAUGCGGCUUAUAGUCGUUUAGUGUGGCGUGGAGUACAAGCAAGGCUACAUUUGAGGAGGUCAAAUCCGCAUUUGUUUCCUUCCUUAGCGAAACGUGGUAUUCGUAAAAUACGAAUUCUUAGUCUAAAGAAGAGCCUUAGCUACGUUAUACAAAGCUUGCCAAAUAUCGAGAGUCUGAACCUUAAAGGAUGUUACAAUGUCACGGACAUCGGCGUUGGACAUGCGUUCGUCAAAGAUCUUUCGUCUUUGACAGUGUUAAAUCUAAGUUUGUGUAAACAAAUCACGGAUACAAGUCUUGGACGGAUCGCUCGCUUUUUAAGCAAUUUAGAAGUGCUGGAUCUCGCUGGUUGCUGUAAUAUAACUAACACAGGUCUGUUGCUUUGUGCUUGGGGUCUGCCGAAGUUAAAGUAUCUAAAUCUUCGAAGUUGCCGACACAUUUCGGACACCGGCAUAGCGCACCUCGCCGGUUUGAACGCAAGUUCGGCCCGUGGGAACAAGAAUUUAACUACUUUGUGUUUACAAGACUGUCAAAAGAUAACUGAUAACGCUCUAAGCAACAUAGCUAAAGGACUAGUUCAUCUGCAGUCGAUCAAUUUGAGCUUUUGCUGUGGAAUUACGGAGAGCGGACUCUCGCACUUAGCCACACUUCGAAGCUUGAGAGAAUUGAAUCUUCGGUCUUGUGAAGGAAUUGGCGACGAAGGCAUAGCGCAUUUGGCCGUAGGAGGCCUUAAUUUGAUGAGUUUGGAUGUUAGCUUCUGCGACAAGGUUGGCGACGGUGCUCUCAAUCAUAUAUCAAACGGACUACAUCAUUUGAAAAAUUUAGGAUUGAAUUCUUGCCAUAUCACCGACGAAGGUCUUGGCAAAGCGGCACGAAGUCUUCACGACCUUCGUGUGUUAAAUAUUGGACAGUGUACGCAAAUUACAGACAUCAGUUUAGCCUCUAUCGCGGAUAAUUUGACUAGUAUUACGAACAUUGACUUGUAUGGUUGUACCAAAGUCACAAAGACAGGAUUGGAGAAACUUAUGCAUUUGCCACAUUUACAAAUUCUUAACCUGGGUCUAUGGCAAAGAUGA